CCCGGCCCGCACUCGAUGUGGGUCUGGCCCUGGGGAGGCUGCCGGCACCUGUGUGCUGCAGCUCGGGACCGCCCGCGCUGUUCCCUGACUGCGCACUGCUUCCUUCCACAGGACUUGGUGAACAUCGAGAUGUUCCUGACGGCCAAGGAAGUGGAGGAGUCCCUGGAGAGACGCGAGACUGCCACCUGCCUGGCCUGGUGCCACGACAACAAGUCACGGCUACGCAAGAUGAAGGGCCGGCAAAGCGAACACGACGGGAAGACGGGACGGAAAAGUAGAGUGGCCAGUGGCUCCCCUAAAGAGAGUGAGGAUCUUGGUAUGGAAACCGUAAAAGGAAAGCCGGAGUUGAGCUGCCUGGAGUUCAGCCUAAGGAUCCAGGAGUUCAUCGAGCUCAUCCGUCAGAACAAGAGACUAGACGCCGUGAGACAUGCAAGAAAACACUUCAGUCAGGCUGAAGGGAGCCAACUGGAUGAAGUCCGCCAGGUCAUGGGCAUGCUGGCCUUCCCACCGGAUACUCACAUCUCCCCCUACAAGGACCUGCUGGACCCGGCCCGGUGGCGGAUGCUGAUCCAGCAAUUCCGAUAUGACAACUACCGGCUGCACCAGCUGGGGAACAACUCUGUGUUCACCCUCACGCUGCAGGCAGGCCUUUCGGCGAUAAAGACACCGCAGUGCUACAAGGAGGACAGCAGCUCCAAGAGCCCCGACUGCCCUGUGUGCAGCCGCUCCUUGAACAAGCUGGCACAGCCCCUGCCCAUGGCCCACUGCGCCAACUCGCGUCUGGUCUGCAAAAUCUCGGGUGAUGUGAUGAACGAGAACAACCCACCCAUGAUGCUGCCCAACGGCUACGUCUACGGCUACAAUUCUCUGCUGUCCAUCCGCCAAGAUGACAAAGUUGUCUGCCCGAGAACCAAAGAAGUCUUCCACUUCUCCCAAGCCGAGAAAGUGUACAUCAUGUAGGCGUCGUCGCUGCACACCAGGGCGCCCGGAAGGCCCCUCCUGGCCCCCGCGCCUGCCCGCCUGCGUGUCUGUUCCUUGCGACCAAAGAUCAGCGAGCACCAAUAAAUACUCUUAGGAAGAGAGGAAGUAAGACUUCACAUGUUUGUACGAAGACGGCGCUUGGUAGGAUUCUGUGCCUGAGUCACCUCUCGAUGCUUCUGAAACUGCUCUCGCCUCUCAGGCAGGUGGCUCAGUGCCAGGGGGUCCUGCACGCACCCGAGGACAGGGACCCGUCACCCCCUGCUCUGUCUCUCCCUUCGCUCACAAGUGCUCCGGAGGGCAGGCCGCUCCCUUGUGGGCCUGGAGCGGGUGUGGCUGUGCUGGUUCCACUGCAGUGAACCAUGAUGCUGGGCCAUGAGGGACGUCAGGAUGCUUUGUAGAGCUGCUGCCUGGUGCCGUGUCCCGCGGGCUGCUUCCAGGGUGGCUCUGCCCGCCACGGCACACGUCGGCCGUUAGGUUCAGUGCCCCGUCCGUGCCGCCUUACUCCCUGCCUGAGGAUGUAUUCAUGGGAAUCCCGGCUGAGUCCCUGCAGAGGCCUUGCCAGAUGGCUCUGUAACUUGAGCCUAAGCACCAUUCAUCACAAAAACGGGGAGCCCAGCUGAGGAUCCCCCAGGGACAUCAGUCAGCGAACCAUUGUAGUUAUAUGAGACUGUGUGUAGAGGUUUGUAUUUAGUGCUUAUUUUUGCAUGUCGAUGUUGAUCAUCUAAUAAACUGUACAUGUAACACAGGCUAAUAAAGGGUUUUCUAUUA